UGUACAUGUUCAGGACCCGGAGGUUAUAAAGUUUGCGUAUCUCGGUUUGUGAGCACACACAGAAUAUCAAGAUGAAGGUGUUGUGUAUUUUCGCUUUGUUGGCUGUGAUUGCCUGCAGUUCUGCACUGCACAGAAUCAAACUUCACAAAGUGAAGACAGUGAGACGUACUCUGCAGGAAGUUGGAACAAACAUUAACCUGUUGAAGAACCGCUACACUGGCUUGGUGGGCAGAGAUGGACGUCUGCGUGGACCAGACCCCGAACCCCUCUCUAACUACAUGGAUGCUCAGUAUUAUGGAGACAUCACAAUUGGAACACCGCCCCAGUCAUUCAAGGUGAUCUUUGACACCGGAUCUUCCAAUCUGUGGGUUCCAUCCAAGAAAUGUCAUCUCUCGGACAUAGCUUGUUUACUUCACCAGAAAUAUGACAGUACAAAGUCCAGCACGUACAAGCAGAAUGGAACACACUUUGAAAUCCGCUAUGGUACAGGCAGUCUUACAGGUUUCCUCAGCACCGACUCUGUCACGAUUGGAGACAUCACCGUGAAGGGCCAGACUUUUGCCGAAGCCGUUACACAACCUGGUAUUACUUUCGUAGCUGCUAAGUUUGAUGGAAUCCUAGGAAUGGGCUACAACACUAUCUCAGUUGACGGGGUAACGCCUGUCUUCUACAAUAUGGUUCAGCAGAAACUUGUUGACAGCCCAGUCUUCUCAUUCUACCUGGACAGAGACCCAGCUGCAUCUGAAGGUGGUGAGCUGAUUUUUGGAGGCAGUGAUCCCAAACACUAUUCUGGCAACUUUUCCUACGCCCCAAUCACCAAAAAAGGUUACUGGCAGUUCCAGAUGGCUGGUAUUCAGGUAAAUGGAAAGCCAUCAUCUUACUGUAAAGGAGGCUGCAGUGCCAUUGCUGACACAGGAACGUCCCUCUUGGCUGGCCCAACAUCAGAGGUCAAGGAACUGAACAAGCAGAUUGGUGCUACUCCAUUUGCUGCAGGAGAGUACACUGUUGACUGUGACAAGAUAUCAAGUCUCCCACCUAUUUCCUUUAUGAUUGAUAACCAGAUGUUCACGCUGCAGGGUAAAGACUACAUUCUCCAGGUAAAGGAGAUGAGUGAAAGGAUAUGUUUGAGUGGAUUUAUAGGGAUGGACAUCCCAGCUCCCCUAGGGCCUCUGUGGAUUCUUGGAGAUAUCUUUCUCGGCAGAUUCUAUUCCGAGUUUGACUUGGGCAACAGUAGGGUUGGAUUUGCGAAGUCUGUAAAUGGUAGCAGAAAUUCUGAUUUCAGAGAUCCUGAUUUCCUCUGGAAGGAAAAGAAUGUCCACAAUUGGAAUAUCCCUAGAUAUUAAGAGUGCACAGCUCCCCUCACUCACUCACUACUGUAGCCAACAUGGAUCUCUUCAUCAGGAAAUAAUGUAAUCCUACUUACAGUUCCUCCAUUGUACAGUCAUCACCAUCACCAAUAAUUAUUGACAUACAAAAUAGAAACAACCUUUAUUUCAAACAUAUAUCGUUCAAGUCUUGUAUUGUCAGAUUUUGGCAUAAUUGAUGAUGCAGUAAACUGGCUGUUGGCUUCAGAUAAUUUUCACAACCCCUCUCCUAAUUUCCAUGCACUGAAAUUUUUUUAUUUUUUUUUAAGUCUUUUUAUUGUUUUAGAAUCUCAGUAUAGAAAAGGAUAUUAAUGUCAUAACUACAUGUCUGUUGUAAAUUGAAUACCAACUGAAUCAGUCAGGGAUACACAUUACAUGAUGUAUAAGGUUUUUGGAAUUGGCGAUUCGACAGUCUCAGUUUUAUGUUGAUAAAAAUAUUACAUUUGUGACUUUCUGAUUCUGAUUAAAAUCAUUUAUUUAUUGACUACUAUACUUACGUUGUAAGGCCAUGUAAAAGCUUACAAGUUUCCCUACUGGUGGAACAUGGGGUCCUCCCCGUCUGUCUGUCAGUCGUCCACUCAGUUUUCCGCAUUUUCUCAGCCAUGCUUUAAGGUACACGUAUGUUGGUAAAAGUUGGUAUAUAGGGUAUCUUCAGUAUGAGUAGCUACAGAUCAAGUUCAAGUUUAAGGGAUUUUAGGUCAAGGUCACUGUUACUAUUUUUAGCGGGGGCUGGUAGGGGACAUGUAUUGCUUUAGCAAUACGCAGCAUGCUUGUUUAGAAAAGAAUUUGUCUUGCUCAACAUAUAGAAAUAAUACGUUAACUGUAUACAGCUUAUUGAAAUUUUUGUAUGUGGAUAUAUAGGUCUGAAAAGCAGUACAUUUGUAUUUAUUUUAUUUAUUUGAAACAAGAAUAGGAAAUGGACUAAGAUUUAUGAUAUUGAUCAUAAGAGUUCAUAAUCAUUAUAAAAUCUUGAUGUAUAUUUUCCGUUCAAUAAUUUAAUACAUAAAACAUCUACACUAAUUAUAUUAUAAGAUCAUAUCACAUGGGUGUAAUGUUUUUGAAUUUUUAUAUCAAAUUAGUGAUUUCCAAUGUUGAUCUAUGUUUUUUUUUAAUACAUGUACAUGUAUUUGAAUAUACAAUGUACAGGAUGAAACAUGAUUGAAAGUUACAAAAACUCAAGUUUUAAACUUAGAGUGGAACUGUAUUUUCAAAGUUAACUGUAGAUUAAUAUGUGAAGUUAACAUAGUGCUAAAUAGAAGUGCUUUGUGUUCAUUAGUUUGUGAUUUUUACAUUUACCUAUUUUUGAAGAUCAAUAAAUAUUGAUCAUGUUCAUUAGAACGUUCUCAUCCGUCACAUUAAGGUACAUUUGUACAUUUAUAUUGAUGACUAACUUCUAUCAGUUGUUUUGCCAUGGCUUGUGUUAAUAUUUCAAAAAGAAAAAAAAUCAUGAUGAUUUACUACAUAAUAUCCAUGGUGUUUGCCGAAAGAAAAUGUUUCACAUACGAAAUAAGAGUUAAAGUUUUUCCAACUACAAAUGUACCUUUUUCAGUCAGGUUGUCCAGCUAGCCUUGUAAAUUACUAGUCAUCAAUAAUGAGUGUUAGAUUAUCAAGCUGUAUUAUCAAGCUGUGUUAAUCUAGCCACCAUUCCCAUGAUUUUUGAUUUUCUUAUUUAAUGGUCCAUUAACAAUAAGUCAUUCACUUAACACAAUGUAAUCAAGCAUUAGGUACCCCAGCUACCCUAUGAUUUUUGGGACAGAAUGGGUCUUAUUUUUUUUACAGUUCUCCAAAAGCAGUCCUUACAGUCCUCAAUAUUAAGUGUACUUUAUAAUGUAAAUGAUGGUUACUAUAUUAUGAGGCUUCUCUGUACUCUAUAUAGAUCUGUGUUUAAUUUAGGACAGAAAUGAUAACAGCUAUCUAGUAUUUAUCAUCUGUCUGUAGAUAUGAGCAGGUUCAAUGUCAAUGCCCUGUGGACAGUGAAUGUGACAUCUAUCAAGGUGAUAUGACAAGCAGGCAUCAGCUCGUUGUACUGAUUACGGACAAGGAUCCUUGACCUUUCUUUGUGUAAACAAACCUCAUUUCUGAUUGUGAUAUUUUAUUUACAUUGCAUGCACAUUCUCCCUCUUGUGUUUCUAAACGAACAAUGUGUAGAAUAAUAUAGUCUGACUACUGUAUCAUACCCGAGCACCUAUUUUCUGUAACCUUAACCCUCACCAUCUAUAACUUACACCAGUCCCUAUUUUCUGCAGUAUAAAUCCUGCACCAGUUUUCUCUUUAUUUUCUGUUUAUUUCCAGAUUAUAGUAGUGGUACUAAUACUUAUUUUACUGAUUUUUUCCUCUUUUAGUGAUUACAUAUCAUUUUUCCUCUUCUGGUGAUAGUUCUUGGUGGAUAAUCAGAAAAUUAUUCUUUUGUUUUCCCCUUUAUUUUGCCUUUACUAAAAAGACUUUUCUUUCAGUUGUCAGUAAUGCGGCAGAUCUAGAGUCAUCCGACAAUUAUAUUUCCCAGAACAUCUAGAAACCUUUCUGAUUUUUAAAUCCAUUGCAUGCCACCCUGCGUUGUUUUUUAGUUGUCUAACAGUGUUGUCCUGUCUUGCUCUGCUUUGUCAGGUCUCCCAGCAGGGACAAACAAUCUGCCUAAGUGGGUUUGUAGGUAUUGAUGUCCCCGCUCCUCUUGGACCUUUAUGGAUUCUCGGAGAUGUUUUCCUUGGACAAUUCUACAGUGAAUUUGACCUUGGAAACAACAAAGUUGGAUUUGCACACUCUAUGAACUAAAACAUUGGUAAAGCUCUAUUGAAUUCAUAGAACUAACAUUCCUACAUUUUUUAUCUGUUGCAUUUCAGUAGGUCACUUAAAAAACAAAAAAGAGAGGCAAAUUUCUUCAUUUACUUGUUAAAUGUGUUUUCCUCAUACGCAUGGCUUUUUGAUGCAUUUCAAUAUCGCAGUUAUUAAACUCUCAGCCCACCACAUGUAGCAGUAGCUAAGUAAGGUGUAGUAUAUCUACAUAUUCAAAUGUCUGAAAGUGUUUGUUAGUGUUUAUAUUGUUAUUGUGAAAGUGUACCGCAAGUUCUCUGUAAAGUUAUCAAUAAUGUCUAUACCGUCAUGUAAACAAAGCUACAUUUGACAGGUGUGAGAGUGCUAUAUUUUUUCUAGUAAUUCCAUAAUUCCACAAUGUGUGGAGUGUUUCAAAUGAAUAUUUAGGAGUUUUAACAACAAUGAGAUGCCAUUUGUGAUAUGUUCAGUGUUUGGACGUGACAGUCUAUAUUUUGUACAAUUAAAUCUGUGCAGUUUCCAAUUAAUUGUUGUUUCUUAAAAUAAAAUUAAAAGUUCUUAACAAUGAA